ACAGUAUUAAUAAGCUUUUGUGUCCAUAUUUCCAGAGAUGGCAAUGCCUUACUUCACUAACAAUGGUGUCCCUAAAUCCCAAAUUGAAGCCAUCCAAACUGUUCCACCCUUCCAGGUGACUGACCCACGAGAGUUUCGCCUGAUAUCGGUGGCGGAGACUAUUGGGUCAGGGAUUUUCACGGGUUGCCUUAACAUAGUCCUUUAUUAUAAUAAAGCUAUGGAGAAGGAUUCAGGCUGGCUUGUUGCUGGAUGGAUUAAGGAGUCACUAGGGAGGGCUUUGAGGGAGCAGCCAAUGCUCAGCGGACGUCUAGGGAGAGGUGAAAAUGGUCGUGGAGAGCUUGAGAUUGUGUCCAACGAUAGUGGGGUUAGACUUGUGGAGGCAAAGAUUAGUGUCACUUUGCGAGAGUUUCUUGAUUUGAAGGAAAAAGAAAAGGCAGAAGCUGAGCUCGUGUUUUGGAAGUAUAUUGAUGAACAAAAUCCUCAGUUCUCUCCGCUACUUUUUGUUCAGGUAACCAAUUUUCAAUGUGGUGGAUACUCAAUUGGGAUCAGCUGUAGCCUUCUUCUGGCAGAUCUUCUGAUUAUGGAUAACUUCCUUCUGAAAUGGGCAAAUAUUCAGAAAGACAUGCUUUCCAAAAAUGAUGAAGUCAAGCUGCCCUUAUUUUACCUUCCUAAUCUCAAAACAGCUAGUUUAGCUGCCAAUCGCACCUUUAGCCCUGCUUCAAUAGAAAGGUGUGGCCAAACUAUGAUCUUUAGGAUCACAGGGGAAAAUGUGGAUUUGAAGAAUGAAUCAAGCAAGAAACUUGCAUUGCUCUGCAUGGAAGAGGCAGAGCAAAAACUUGGCAAUAAAAUAAUUUCAUCUGAGUUCUCUUUUCUAAUGAAAGAAUCUCCUACGGUUAUGCAGGUAGAAAAUUUCAAGAAAAUUGAGCGUGUGAAUUCCCAUUUGAUGAGUGAUCAAGUGAUGAUAACUUCAUCAAGCUUGAAGGAUUAUUUAGAGAUUAAUGAGAUUGCUUUCACAGAAGGCAAUAAACCUGCUCAAGUUUCAUAUUGGGCUGGAGCGGUUAAUGAUGGACUUGCAGUGGCAAUUCCAUCUUCUAAUGAGGGUGUUUCUGAGCUCAACUUUAUAAUCACAUUCCCCAUUGAGAAGGGGAUUUAAGUGAGGUCAGGUUUAGCCAUUGUUCAUUUCUUAACUUUGAUUUGGAAAAUAUGUAUUUGGAUUAUUGCAUGGGCAAAAAGGAAAUAUGGGUAUGUACUUGAGAAAUCAAGGAUUUGCUUUUAUUUAAUCAAUCCUUUCUUGUCUUUCUUCAGAAA